AUGAAGCUCCGGGAGGCUGGGCGCCGGCGCCUCUUGUGGGACAUGGAUGUGGUGUUCGACGCCGACGGCCACAUGUAUUUGGGGCACGGGUGGAAGCAGUUCGCCCAGGCUCAUGACCUUCGGCUCGGGCACUUCCUCGUCUUAAGCUACGACGGCCACGACGUGCUCACCGUGAAGGUGUUCGACGGGAGCAUGUGCCGCAGGGACUAUCAGUAUGACGACGAUGCCACCAACAGCAGCAGCGACAGUGGCAACACCUUGUACGGGACCAGCGGCGACAGUGGCAAUACCUUGGGUGUAUCCAAGAUGAGUAAUCCAUGCGAUUCAGAUGGAAGCCAGAAGGAAAGAUCUUAUUCUUCUGAGGAAUUGUCAGCAGAAGACAGUCUAUCUGCAGACAAUUCUGUGGAGUCAGCUAAUCUACGAAUGCUUUCGAAUAACUAUGUCGUAUCAAUGCAAUGCUAUCUUACAAAAGCACAGAAGGUGAAAAUAGAUGCGCUUAUAGAAAAAAUUAAACCUAAAUUUACAGUGCUAGUUGUGCAGAUGAAGAAGUCAAACAUAGAACGGCAUACCCUGUUUUAG